UUCGUCAACGGGCGGCCGCUGCCCAACGCCAUCCGGCUGCGGAUCGUGGAGCUGGCCCAGCUGGGCAUCCGGCCCUGCGACAUCAGCCGCCAGCUCCGCGUCUCCCACGGCUGCGUCAGCAAGAUCCUGGCCCGCUACAACGAGACCGGCUCCAUCCUGCCCGGGGCCAUCGGCGGCAGCAAGCCGCGGGUCACCACCCCCAACGUGGUCAAGCACAUCCGCGACUACAAGCAGGGCGACCCCGGCAUCUUCGCCUGGGAGAUC